AUGGCGAGAGUAACUUUCGCUGGUCUAGUCUAUGGAAGACCUCCAUUAUUGUUCCUCAUAUCAGUAAUAUCUGCAAUGACCAUGCCGAACCAUGCCUUCUCUUUAGCACAACGGGAUUCAGACAGCUGUCCCAGUUCAUACCAGAAAUGUGGAGCUGCCGGGUUGCCAGAUUCAUUUUGCUGUCCUUCUUCCUCAACCUGCAUCAGUCUAGACAAUGCAAGCUCGGCCAUAUGUUGCCCCAAGGGUCAAGCGUGCACAUACAUUGAGCCUAUCAAUUGCAAUGUACAGCUGCAAAAUGCCACCCUUCACCCAACAAACCCAGUUAAGACCAUCAGACUCGAUGAUCAGCUGCCCCAGUGUGGCAAUUCAUGUUGUCCGUUUGGAUAUAAAUGCAAAGGAAACCAGCUGUGUGAGAUGGACAAUAAUAUCACCUCUACUACGACCACCGGGACAUCUUCAACCAUCUCGGCCACAUCCACAGCAUCAGAUGUUUUACCCACAACUGAUCAGUUGAAGCCAACAACCCUAUCGCCCUCUGAUCCGAAUCCCUCAGCUUCUAACUCCUCUAUGACUGAUACCAAUCCGACCUCAGAUCCCGUCGCAGCAGCAUGUCCUUCGUUCCCAACUCAAGCCAUUAUAGCCGGCUUUUUCCCGGGAGCCAUCCUUGGGGCCGUACUUGCCUCGGCGGCAAUGUUCUGCUGGAGAAGACGUCGAAAUGGGCCCAAGAACUCUCACGGAAAGCUUCCUCGGCAUAAUAGCGUAUACAACAGUACACCAUUCAGUAUAUCUCAUCCCAUUCCAUCCGAAGAGAGCUCCUACCGCACUGACUUCCUCCUUGGUCGAUCUCACCGGAGCUCCUCACGCUCAGUGCUCCACCGCACAGGGACCAGAGUGAAGAGUCUAUUCGGCUCAACCCCCAAAACCGUCAUCCAUAACCUGGAUAAUAUACCCAAGGUACCCAUCACUCCACCGCCGCAGGCCAGACGGCAACCUAGCACCGAAAGCAUCAAGGUAUACACCCCUCCAGGUGGGCUUCCAGGGACAGGGACGCAGAAACGGGGGCAUUACAUUUCUAUGGAACCGGACAAGGGCUUUGUGGAGAUGUUUGACCGGGUCGGAUUCAUGAAUCAAAAAGGCGAUCCAUGCUUCAAGGUAGCCGAGUCUCCUGAAGCGAGUAGAACCAACUUACAAACGCCACAGAACGUAUAA